AUUUCCUCCCAUAUAAACAUGGACUGGCACCCACCCAGCCUGCAUGGAGACAUAUCAGCGACAUGACUGACAGCCCCCUUGCUAAUGGGUUUCUCAUUGGUCAAUGCCAAAUAUUAAGUUUGGGACAACAAUUAAACAACUAGGGGGCAGUGGAAUUGUUUUUAAAUAAUGUAGAUACUUUCUAUUUCUGAUUUUCAUCUGACAUUUUUUUUCUUAUUAUUGGCCCUAAAGUAGUGUUGACGUCACUAUUAUCCCUCCCCCAAACUGAGGGGCUUCCAGGGAAACGAAACUGCAGGAAAGUUAUAUACUGAGAAUAGGGACAGGUCUCCUUUAUAGAAUGGCAGGUACAAUCAGCAUGGCACCUCUGUACUUCGUCUUCUUCUUCCUCUUGGUUACAGCAAAUGAAGGAUCUUCCAUCAAACCCAUUGUGAGCAUUGAUCCCAAUUGGGCCACGAUAUUCACCAAGGAAUCCGUAACUCUCACCUGCAACGUGGAUCCCCCCGGACCUAAAGACCAGAUCUAUUACUGGUACCGAGAUAAUCAGAUCGUCCCUAUGUAUCUUGGAACAAACAUCGUCAAAAUUGACCGUGCCAGUAAGGAACAUGGAGGCAGCUAUCAGUGCCAGACAGUUACCAGCGAUAAGAGCGAUCCUGUCAGGCUGCAAGUUACUAGUAGUUGGCUCACACUAAAAGUACCUGGCAUUCUAUUUGAAGGGGAUGAGUUAUCUGUGGCCUGUGCAGGGUACCCUGGGUAUUCUGCCAGAGACGCUGUGCUGUACCGGGGCAAUGAGGUUAUAGCCUCCUCCCCCUCUGAGGCUGUAUUUCUGGUUGGAACGGCAAACAUGGCAACGAGUGGCUCGUACAGAUGUACCCGACAAGUGAAAGAUGGCGUCAUAUAUUAUAGUUAUUCUAGUGAAGAAAUCAUUUCUGUGAAAGAGCUGUUCUCCAAACCAGUGAUGAAAGUCAAUCCAAAUCAUCUGACAGAAGGGGAUCACGUGACCAUAACAUGUGACACAAAGCUCAGCCCACACAGAGAGACUACAGAGCUGCAGUUUGCUUUCUACAGAAAUGGGCACAAUGUGCAGGGAUUCAGUUCGGUAAACACGUUCCAUGUUCCUUCAAUGCUCCUCCAGAAUAGUGGGAAUUAUGCCUGUGAGGUCAGAACAAGAAACAACACGGUGAGGAAGAGGAGCGAUGAGAUCAAGGUGGCAGCUGGUGAUUUUCCUUACUUUGUGCCUACUGGGGCAUCACUUGAUAGUUCCACGGAUGAAGGAAGGGAUGUCGGGCAGAUGCCAGUGGUACCUGGCGCAGAGAGGAGCUACGCACCAAUGGCGGUAGAAGUCACGAUGGCUGUGCUGAUAUCCUCUCUCGCUGUGGCUCUCCUUGUCUAUGUUUUUAAAAGGAAACUCAGCCCAUAUUUCUUUAACCAUCACACUGGCCCAGCAAGCUCAGCUUCAGUGAAAGCCAGUGAAAACAGAAAGGAUAUGAGUUCCAGGUACACUGAUCUAACGGUGGUCUAACCAGCUCCAAAAGGAUGAGAACUGUGUCGUUUAUGCCCCUAUGAAGAAGAGAAAAACACUAUCCUGGCAUCCCAGGAGACUCAGUGCUGCUUCUUUCUUUAUUUCUUUGGGUUUUUUUUUUUUUAUUAAAAAGUUUUAAUUUAAAGGUAUUUUUCUUUGAGAUACUGUAAUAAAAAUAAAAGAAGUUUCCUAUUA